AUCCAGUUUCAAUUUUACGAGGCGAUGUGCAAUGCAGCCAAUCAUACAGGACCGUUAUAUAAAUGUGAUUUCUAUGAAUCGAAAGAAGCCGGACAACUUCUUGGUAAUAUGUUGGCGCUUGGACGAAGCAAGCCGUGGCCAGAAGCAAUGGAAGCCAUUACUGGACAGCGGGAAAUGUCAGCAGAGCCGCUACUGCGAUACUUUGAAUCUUUGAAACAAUGGCUAGAGAAAGAAAAUGAACGCAACAAUGAAUAUAUUGGAUGGGAAAAGACAUGGAGACCAUAUGAUGUCAGUGCAUCUUUUCGGCUGGUGCCUCUUGGUUAUAGCUGUUUCAUACUUUUUGUGCUGUCCCUAAUAUUUGGAAAAUGAAAAGUUUGCAUAUAUAGUAUAGACUAAAAUUGAAAAAAAAAAU